UUAUGAAUGAUCUCAUAUAUUUGAGUGUUUAUAGACGUCGAAAAACACCUCCAAGAUGUUUAUUUAAGUGUCAAAAGAUACCUUUUAGGACGUAUCCAAACAAGAACGGAAGGCAUCUAGAGACCAAAAGACACCUUAUGGUCACCAAGGCCCUAGACUCCAAAUUUCCCUUGUCAAUCCUCUUCCUAAUCCCUCUACUUAUCCUCUUCACCCUAUCCCGAUACCGGGCCAAGCGCUACCCUCCCGGGCCCCGUGGUUGGCCCGUUAUCGGCAACAUGGACAUGAUGGGCCAGCUGACUCACAUCGGGCUGGCCCAUCUCGCCAAGGGCUACGGUGGCAUCUUCCACCUCCGCUUGGGCUCCCUCCACAUGAUAGUCGUGUCGAGCCCAGACACUGCCCGCGAAGUCCUCCAGGCCCACGACAACAUCUUCUCCAACCGGCCCGCAACUGCCGCCAUACGCUACCUCACUUACGAUCGGGCCGACAUGGCCUUCGCGCACUACGGGCCCUUCUGGCGACAGAUGCGCAAGUUGUGCGUAAUGAAGCUCUUCAGCCGUAAACGGGUCGAGUCGUGGGCCUCGGUUCGGGAUGAGGUGGACGUGAUGGUCCGGGCCGUGGCCGAGGCCGCCAGCUUGGGGAGGCCCGUCAAUGUGGGGGAGCUCGUGUUUGGGCUGACCCGGGAUGUUAUAUACCGAGCCGCAUUCGGGUCGGGCUCCAAGGAGGGCCGGGAAGAGUUUAUCAAGAUCUUGCAGGAGUUUUCGAAGUUGUUUGGCGCGUUUAAUGUCGCGGAUUUUAUUCCGUGGUUGGGUUGGGUUGAUUUGCAGGGUCUCAAGGGGAGGCUCGUCAGGGCCCGGGAUUCGCUCGACAGGUUUAUCGACACUAUAAUCGACGAGCAUAUGAGAAAGGAAAAGCCCGACGGGCCCGUGGAUAGCGACAUGGUGGACGAGCUUUUGGCUUUCUAUAGUGAUGGUGAUCAAGGAAAGGUUUCAGAAUGCGAGGAGUUAAAGAGUUCAAUCAAACUUACAAGGAAUAACAUCAAAGCUAUAAUUAUGACAUUCACUUGGCACCUUUGCUGCUACUCCUCAUACUUUCCCGUCGUGCUCUACCUCGUCGUCAUCCUGUCGGAAGGUGUCCUUACAAUCCUCUUGAUCCUGCAUCAGGCCUGCAGGUAG